AGCCUUUGAAGAAACCAAAAAAGAAAAAACAGCAAUAUUAUCGGACUAUAUAAACCCCAUAACUCUCAAACCCUCAUUCACACCACUUCACUUGAACCAAGAACACAGCUCUCACUCUCAAGAGUCUCAACAAUCAAAAUUAUAAUUUUUCCUCUUUUUUUAGAAAAAAAAAGGGAAAAAAAUUCGCCUGUUUUGUUGCCCUUUUCCUGACAAAACUGCAGCAAACAUGUUGAAGAAAAAUCUGACUGUAAUGAUCCUUGCGGCGUUUGUGGUGAGCUGCCUGAGCUCGUCGAGAUUCGACGAGCUUUAUCAGCCCAGCUGGGCCAUGGACCAUUUUACCUACGAAGGAGAGGUUCUAAGGAUGAAACUCGACAAUUCCUCUGGUGCUGGGUUUUCGUCAAAGAGCAAGUAUAUGUUUGGGAAAGUCACUGUUCAGAUCAAGCUCGUGGAGGGUGACUCUGCUGGCACUGUCACUGCCUUCUAUAUGUCGUCCAAUGGCCCGUACCACAACGAGUUCGAUUUUGAAUUCCUGGGGAACACCACAGGGGAACCUUACCUCGUCCAGACUAAUGUGUUCGUUAAUGGAGCUGGCAACAGGGAACAGAGGCUCAAGCUCUGGUUCGAUCCCACCAAGGAUUUCCACUCAUAUUCCCUUCUAUGGAAUCAGCGCCAAGUUGUAUUCUUGGUCGACGAGACGCCCGUUCGAGUCCACACCAAUUUGGAACACAAGGGCAUACCUUUCCCCAAGGACCAGGCCAUGGGAGUCUACAGCUCUAUUUGGAAUGCGGACGAUUGGGCCACGCAAGGUGGGCUGGUCAAGACCAAUUGGGCCCAUGCGCCUUUCGUGGCCUCGUACAAAGGCUUCGAGAUCGACAGCUGCGAAUGUCCCGACUCAGUGGCUGCAGCCGACAAUGUGAAGCAGUGCAGUGGUGGUGGGGCCCACCGGUUCUGGUGGGACGAGCCGAACGUGUCGGAGCUGAGCCUUCACCAGAGCCACCAGCUGAUGUGGGUUCGGGAAAAUCAAAUGGUUUAUGACUACUGCUCAGAUGAGGCUAGGUUCUCGGAAGUCCCUGUUGAGUGCGAGCAUCACCGGCAUUAGGGGUGUUUCGGUCAUUUUGUAAAAAA